CGAGCCGCGAUAUUGGGGAGUCCCUAUCACUGGGCUGUGGGACGGGUCCGGGCCCGGAGCCGCGGCAGGAUGCGGAGGGAAGAAGGCGGGGCCCGGGGCCAGCGGCGCGGCGCACACGUCCCCUGGGAGACGACCACCGCGCCCCGACACCGCGGCCUCGCCGACUCUUCCGGACGCCCGUCUCUGCCCGGCGCGCCGGCGGAAGAGACGAGAAGCCCCUCGUUCGGUCGCAGCAGGUUCCUGAAGAACAAGAAGAGCAUGGACGGGAUCCAGCAAAGCCGCGCGCAGGGAGGUGGGAACGGCCCCGCCGCACGCCCGGCCCAGGGGACCGCGCUGGGACAGCCGGCGCGCACACGGAGCAAGAUCGCAUCCCGAGCGUUGCAGAUGCGUUCGCCCAGCACUGACCUGGCUCCAGACGUGUCCCACGAGUCCUUCUCAGCCAGGCCCAGCCACGACCCGAAUGCAGGAGGCAGCAGGUAUCUCAAGAAAAGCUCUGUGCUUGGUGAAGGAGUGACGCUACCUAACAGCUGGUCCAAGGGGAGAGAAAGCACCCGGCCCAUGCAAAAGAAAGCACCGCUUAAAGCCCGGUUUGAUUUGGACAGCGACGAGGAGGAGAUGAGAGCGUUAUUAGGGAGUUCUUUGGCGUUUUCCAGUGACAACGAGGAUCGGAAAGAUAGCACCCAUAAUGCUAAACAGUGUGAAAAGUCCUUCUUAAAGACUAAACUCAAGACUCCCCCUGGAACACCUCUUCUACCUCAUAGACCAUCUUCACGGACAGAUGUAUUUAGCGCACCUUCUCCCUGUACCGAAAGUUCUCCGGAAAGGAAUCAUCGUGGAAGUCGCCCCCAGGCUCCCUCCUCGUCUGGCAGAAACCCACCAAGACCAAAUCAGAUAUCCCUGUCUGAGAGUUGUGAAAUAAAGUCUUUGGAUGAAUUGUUUUCAAGAGCAGGCAGCACACAAAAUUCAAUCAGUGAAAGCUCUGAUGACUUCAGAGUGAAUAUUUUAAGCCUUGAUGAGCUGGCACCAAGUAUUUUAAGCAAGAGAGAAGACUUGCAACAAAAGAAGACAGACGUUACAAAGAUUAAAAGAUCAGACAAGGAAAAAGGAAUAACUGUGUUUCAGGCAAAUAGUGAUCAACCUCCCCUUGACGUGAGGAGUGCAGGAAUGUGUACAAAUAUUGGUUUUGAAGAGGGAAUUGGAACUGAAGCUGAAAUCUCUGAGCAUUUAAGUGGAAGUUCUGAAAACCUCCCUAGCCUUCACCAGGAUGUUUUUGAACCUACUGAGAACACUGUUCAUUCAGAAUAUUCUGAAAACUUUGAAAAAUCUGUUUCUGCAGUAGUAUCUGGGACAACAAACAGGAGGUCUCCAUCUGAAACACUGAUGGAACGCUCUAAUAGCUCUGUACAUUCCAGAGAAACUCUCUCUCUUUCACUGUCAUCAUCUCUGUCUAAUAAAAAAUGGCAUGGCACAGUAAACAGAGUAACGGUGAAAGAAACUGCAGUUCAGACAGCUGAUUUUCCAUUCACCUACUGCUGGUCAAAGAUGGAUGGCACAGCAAUCCUUGGGCCAACUGCUGGACACAGCUAUCUGGAUCCAAUACCUGUUGCCAGUCAUGUUGUCAGCAUGGAUAUGGUAGAAGCCCUGACGGCAUACAGUCCUGCUGUGUUUGUUUUAAAUGACAUGUUAAAACAGCACUUGAUGCUGACACAGCAGUUUGUAGAAACCUUCCACCAUCUUCAUUUAUCCCUUGUGGAGUCACUGGAGCAUGAGAACUUUCACUAUCACACACUGGAAGAAGCUAAGGAGUACAUCAAGAGUCACAAAUCUCCACCUCUGACAACUGAACAAGCAUUAGAAGAAGUUAAGAAAGUACAAGAACAGUAACUGCUUUGAUGGACUUUUCCUAAGUGAAUUUUAACCAAUGUUUUUAGUCACGAGUAGAAUUGCCAGUUACAAGUCUCAAACUGAAGCAAGACUUUUAUGCAACGUGUAGAAAAGGACAGUACCAGUGAGUUGUUUUGUACACAGUGGGUGCAUCUACACGUGUGCUUUACUGCGGAGUAGACUAAUUUGCUGCACAGUUAAACGUCACCAUCUACAUGUGCAGCAGCACUAGGCCACAGUAAACUAAUCAACUCUGCCAUAAGAUAGUACUGUUAUUUACUGCAGUUAAACACGCAUAUAGAUACUGACUGUAGGUCAGGACCCAGUCAGUCCAGCCAGCCAGGGGCCAGACUCUUGCCUGCUGUCUAGACACAUGGCUCUGCAAUCAGCACUGUUGUGCCCCAGCAAGCCCCUCUGCUGCCACUCGUAGCCCAGGCCUGACCCCCAUGCCUCCUGCCAGCCCAGGCCUGCUCUGCCCUGGCUCAAAUUGCUGUUGUCCCAGGUGCGCAUGUAGACACCAUGCCCAGGAAUAGUUUACUCCAACUCAACCUGCUCCAGAGUUUAUUGCUUCGCAUUAAAUUGAACAUAUAGACACACCAAGUGAGAAUUCACCCCAGCUGCAAUUUCUCUUUAGAUACAGAGGUUACAUUCUGUCCCUGGAGACUACCGAUACAAUAGACAUAAAUUACUUUGGUUUUUACUACUAAAAAAUCCAGUGUAAAUUAGCCUUAUGUUAAAGAAAACAGUUAAAACAUAAUGAGCAAACACACAGGUGAUUGUUAAGGGGUAUUAACAGCCUUUGUGUUACAAGUCACAGUAUAACCCACCUUUAAUAACCCAAACCAAUGGUAUUAAGGAGUGUGAGAAAAGCAGAAGUACUCCUUAAAUUAGGAACACAGGACUGGAAGGACUUCCUGGGCUGCCAAAUCCAGUUCCCUAAUUAGAACAAAGUGGCUGCAUCCACAUGUGCAACUGAUAUGAUGCAACAAACUCCCAAGCUGUUUGAGCUGGAGGAAACCGCUACUGGGCACAGCAUCUACAUGCUCACCCAGGACAGCAGCAAUUUGAGCCAGGGUGGAGCAGGCCCCCAGCUAGCUGGGCUGACCCGGUGCAAUUUAGGCCAGAGGUCAGUGUCCACACACAUGUUUCAGUGCAGUAAAUUACUCUGCCAUAUUAUCUUACACUGGAGUUAAAUUUACUGCACACUAAUACCAGUGCACAUGUAGAUGGUAACACUCUACCACGGAGCUAAUUAGUCUGCUGUGCAGUGAAGCGCAUGUGUAGAUGCACUUAAACUGUACUCAUACAAUUUGGCCUCUAAAAUUAUUUGUUAAAUCAAUCCUUUUUAUAAAACACUUGCUCCAAAGGUCAAAGCAACUCCUAGGCAACUGGAAAAUACCUUGUAUAUAGGAUAAAAGGCAACCCAUUUACUUUGAAAAAUGAGCUAAAGCUAAUUUGCUUUUUUUUUGGUUGUUUUUUUUAAUAAAAAGUGUUUAUUGGAGGGCAAAACAGUAAAAUUCAUAAGUUGGUAACAUACAGAUGUCUUAGGCUGAUUCACAGACAGUUACAGUUCCACAGCUACAGUAAAUCUAGAAGAGACAGAUAUUUCACCAUAUUGGACUGAAUGGUUUAAGAGGGUUUCUGCUGUAUAAACAAAUGACUUUGGAAAGAGGUUGCCACCAAGCAGGCCAGGCCUCUCGAGUAGAUGUGCAGUGUAAUGAUCUAACAUCUUAAGCUGGUGGUGUCUGGAAACAAUUCAGUUACAAAAGCAUUUUAAAGGAGGUUUCCAGGAAUGCUUCACACUUAGAAAUUUGUGAAAUGGGGGAAAAACAGGUUCUCUUCUAUUGAACUAAUUUUAGCUUUUAUUCAAGGGUAUAUACAAAAAUAUAAAAAGCUUAAAGAAUGUCUUUCAUUACAAAGCAUCAAACAUCCCUUAGAGCACUUGGAUGGCUAAAACAGUUAACCCUUUAUGUUCCGAGUAGAGUUGUGACUGCAGCAGCUGGUGUGUAGGGGCUCUAAGUUGUAUAGUAGAUUCUAAUAAGCUCAUACAGUGCUCAUAGGUCACCUGUACUGGAACAAGGUGCUUGUCUCCCCAUUUAGACAUUAGGAUACACUGCUCAGCAUCAGUCUGACUUGUUCCCAAGGCAGCACCCCUCCACUUCAAAUAGAAUUAACCUUUGAGAGAAAUAAACAUACAUUAUGGAACUAGAGACAUGGAACCAUAUCAGAUAAUGUCUGUAUUCCACAGGAAUGAGUGGAUCACAAUCCUGGACCAGAGAUAGCUUAGCAGGGAUUUAGUUCUAGUAUAAAAUGGGUAACUUUUUUGUUUUAAAACUGCAAAAUAAAUGGGCAUUUCUGAACUUGCUAGA